GGGGGAUCAGUGGCCUUUCCACUCUGAAAUGAAAAGAGUAAAGCUUAUUAAUUGGGAGGGCCACGGGAGAAAAUGAGCCUUGUCGGAGGGCUCCAGAUCGGCGGAAAAUCGCUGUGCUCACUCACUCCUGUCUUAGCCAUUUCCCACGUAAACCAUUCCCUGCACAACUGUAUGCCUAAUUAGCUGAGGAAAUAAAACAAAAUCCAUGGAGAUUUUGCAGUGAUCUUCAGCCUGUCAAUGGUACUAAUAUAUAUUUGUCCGAGUACUCGAGAUCCGUUCUGGGAGUUCGUUUCAUUUCAGUGGUGGCAUUUUCCGGUUAUCAUUAUUUGACGGUCUCUGAACCCCGCCGAUGCGUCCUCUUUGGACCUCGUCUCUCCUCCAUCCAUCUCCGAAUUUUUAAGGGGAGGAAGCGUCUGGUGCCGUGGUAUCCACAUCCACUUCUCCCUCACUCUCCCUGUUCCUAGAUACCAAUUGGCCUCUCGCUCUACUCUGUACUGCUACUGCUGGGUGCUCGUCUCGUGGCAGUGGUAGCCGCGCAAUGCCUCAGGUCGACCUGGAGAGCCUGGUGUGCGGCGCGGCGGGCGCGGGCGCCGGGGACAGGAAGGUGUCGUGCGAGACGGUCAUCGCCGGCGACGCUUCGCCGCCCCCGCCGCCGCCGCCAUUGCCGGACCCAGACUUCCCGCCUGAGUCAAUAACGAUCCGCAUCGGCAGCAGCGACGAGGCGGCUUUCUCGGAGCUGAACCCGAUAUACGAGCGGGACGACUCCACCAAGGGGAGCACCAACCCCAAGUCGGCGGCGGCGGGCGGCGGCGCCUCCAACCCCGUCCCGCUCAAGUCGCGCUCCAACUCCACGCGCAUCGCGGGCGCGCGCGCCCCGGCCGCGGCGGGCGCCACCACAACCUUCUUUGGCCUGCCCGCCAAGAUCCGCCGCCCGUCCUUCACCCGCCGCCAGCCCUCGCAGGGCCGGAUCUUGCCCGACAAGCGCUCGGGCGGCGAGGAAGAAGAGCCGCGGUCGCCCAAGGUGUCCUGCAUUGGGAAGGUGCUGUCCGACAGGGAGAGGUGCGGGCGGCGCCGGCGCCGGAGGUGGUGGCGCGGGGUGGUCGCCGUGUUCCGGUGCGGCGGCGGCGGCGGCGGCGGCGGCGGCUGUGCUUGCAGGGGAAUAGGCGGUCCGGGCAGGAAGAUGGCCUCGGAUGAUGACGAUUACGGUGAGGAGGACGAGGAACCAAGUAUCGCUGGUAUGCGGAAGUUCAAAUCCGGGAGAAGAGCCGCGACAUGGGGACAGGAGGCACUAGCAGCUGCAGCGGCGGCGGCGUCCCCCGGCGAGGCGCAGGAGGGGGAAGAGAAGCACGAGAGCCAUGAGAACUGAGCACUGGGCCCGGCUGCCGGUAAGUUAGGUUGUGGCGGGAAGAGGGAGGACACCUGUUUGGUGGUACCCGCUGUCAGUGACGGCACCCUCUCCGGGUGUGGUCGCCGAUGGGUGAGCUCAUGCUGUCUCGAGCCGUGUCCACCAAUGACUGAAGGAUGGGCACAGCACAGAAGCUGGGGUGGGGGAUGGGGGGGGGGGGGGGGGGGGGGUUGUUGGUGAUUGGCCUAGAAAUGCGAGUCUUGGAAAUUUCGGUGGUCAUUUGCUGUUUGGAAUUUUGCUCUUGGGGUCGUUCAAGGAACCCAACUUCUUCCUGUUGUUGCGUGUUGCGCCCAAUGAUCGGUGCAUGUACAUAUCGGACCCAAAAUAACAAGAACGCGCAAGGUGUUCUGUUCACUA